AUUUGGAGGUUAUUGCCGAUACUGUGUCUGGAAGACCUCUCCGUUUGUCUGCGCCGCUUGUUUAUUUAAUACUGUCUAUUCGGUGAAGUCAUGUGAUGAUAAAAAUUAUGCUUGUCCCGGCACCUCACAUCGUAGCAAGGUGUUCGCCGUCGCUUUCAAGAGGAAUUUCGACGCUGUACGCUGACCUUACCGACCGUGGCUUCAUCUCGCAGGUGACCAGGCCUCAGCAGCUCAGCCAUGCCCUCGAAACAGCAUCCCAGACCGUCUACUCCGGCAUUGACCCGACGGGACCCGCACUACACAUUGGUCAUCUCUUCCCAAUGAUGUGUUUACUGCAUUUCGAACUUCGGAACCACAAUACCAUACCACUGAUAGGUGGCGCAACUGGGCUCGUUGGAGAUCCUUCUGGCCGCUUGACAGAACGCUCCCCGGCAGAUGUGAGGCUUGUGCAUGAUAAUGUGCUUGCUCUUUCACGCGGCGUAACACGGUUCUUUCGUGGCGCGUUUGAAUAUGCCGGGAUGCGGAUGCAGGGUGGAUUCAAGCCUACGAGGGACGAGGUCCACGUCAAGAGCAACCUUGAAUGGUACGAGAACUUUGGCAUCCUUGAGUUCUUGCAGCGGGUUGGUGUGAACGCCAGGGUGAAUACGAUGUUGACAAGAGAGAGCGUCCGAGCACGUCUAGAGUCAAAGCAUGGCAUGUCCUUCACCGAGUUCACGUAUCAGCUCCUCCAGGCCUACGAUUUCUACUACCUGCACAAGCACUAUGGAUGCACCAUCCAGGUCGGCGGUUCCGAUCAAUGGGGAAACAUCGUUGCGGGCGUGGAACUCAUCGGUCGUCUGAACGCACCUUCAAACACAGUUUCCGAGCCCUUCGGUGUGACUACCCCACUUUUGACAACUGCGUCGGGUGAGAAAUUCGGGAAAAGUGCAGGCAACGCCAUCUGGCUGGAUUCAACGUUGACCAGCGUUUUUGACUUCUAUCAAUAUUUCGUCAAGGUCGAAGACGCUGAUGUUGAAAAAUACCUCAAGCUAUUUACGUUACUCUCACUACCGGAAAUUCAUGACAUCGUCGAGGCACACAAGUUAGAGCCCGAGAAACGUAGUGCUCAAAGACGUCUGGCUGCUGAGGUGACUGAAUUGGUCCAUAAUAGUCGGUCAUCUGCUUUUUGGCCGAGAAUUGAAGUUCAUGGUCAAGCAGGGGAAGCUGUCGCGAGAGCGGAAACUGUGUCAAAAAUCUUGUUCAGAGAAGCUUCUGUUCGUGCACAAGAUAUUGACAUGCAUUCCCUUCUUAAGGCGUUUGAGGGAGACCCGAGACUGAUCUGGUGUGACCAGAAAGAGCUGCAGUCAACACCCGUGUGGAAAUUGGCUUCAAGGCACGGUUUGGUCUCUUCAAAUUCCAUCGCUCGAUAUUUAAUACAGUCAAAAGGACUAUACUUCAACGAUCAGGUAGUCCCCGAAAUACACUUUACAGCAACUUCCGAACACCUUAUAGAAGGACGCAUCCUCAUCCUGAGAGCGGGCAAGGGUAAAGUUAUAGUCCUAGCGUCUAAGUAGAUCUGAAGCGGGAGCAUGAUAAGUUAUGGACUAUUUUCGUGUUUUUUUUGAUGGUCUAGUGCAAUAAAUACUAUAUAAACCUGAUCAGAGGUGUCCUAGUCGAUACGAAUGGCGCUGUAGAAUCUGCGAAUCGCCCAGUAUGAGGCUAAAAAUCCGAUGGUUC